AUGACAAGCACAAUCCCAAAGAAGCAUGUUUUCCUGUGGACAGCUUUUAGAUCCUGUUCAUCUGCGUUUGAGCGUUCGAUUUUGACUUUACCCCGCAUGCAGUUGAUGUCAGAACCGUUUUCUGCUUCGUUUUACUUUGGACCUCAGAGACAAAGCUGUCGCUAUGAAUCAAAAGAGGCUGAUUCCAAAGCGAGUUACGAAAACGUUGCCAGGGAAAUUCUGAAUCAAGCUAAUGACGAUAACAUUGAUUUGCUUUUUGUCAAGGAUAUGGCUUGUUACAUGAAAGGAAGAUUGGGUUUUUUAAAGGAAUUUUUUGAAGACACGAAACAUUCUUUUCUUAUUCGAAAUCCAAAGAAGUCGAUUCCUUCCCAGUAUCGCGCUAGUGAAAAUCCAGAAAUCCAAGAUUCCGGUUGGAAUUACUUUGACCCACAAGAAGCUGGAUUUCAGGAACUUUUCGAAAUGUAUUCGUUUGUCAAAGAUAACCUUGAUGCCAAUCCAGUUGUUAUAGAUGCCGAUGACCUUCUCGAAUCACCGAAGCAGAUCAUGAAGGAGUAUUGUGAUCGAGUUGGUAUCAAAUAUGAAGAGCAUAUGACUACAUGGAAACCUGGCGAAAUAAUCCAAGCCUGGCAAGAUGUUUGGGUAGCAUGGCGAAGAGGGGCUUUAAACAGCAGCGGUUUCAUCAAAUCUGACACUUCCUCAAGUAAACCAGAAAUAGAGUAUCCAUCUGAUGUUGUCAAAGCUAUGGAAGAUAGCCAGGCAUUUUAUGAUAAAAUGUUUUCUGUUCGACUUAGGUUAGCAUAA